CGUGAAUGACAACUCCCCUACCUAGUCAUAUGAUUUUGACGUCUAUUUUGCGACCCAUUAGAUUCCGUCUUUCAAAUAUUCCCUUUAAAAUUUACUAAAAUUUCGGAAUAAAAUGGGUGCAGCGCUUUUGCCGUUCAUUAUCUUUACUGUGUUGUGGGGAGGAAUAGGAAUUGUGCUUCCAUUCAUCGUUCCUAAGGGCCCCAACAGAGGGAUUAUUCAGGUGGUUUUAAUUUUAACUGGGGUGUGCUGUUGGUUGUUCUGGUUAUGUUGCUAUGUAGCGCAAAUGAAUCCUUUGAUAGGACCUAAACUAGAUAAACACACAAUCAUGGUCAUGGCUAGGGCAUGGGGUGAUAAAAUUCCCGAUUCACAAUAGAGUGUACUUUCAUGCAGAAAUCAGGACCUAUUUGAACGAACAGAAGACAUAUUUGAAAUUAUUUUAAACUUUAGUGAAUCUAUCUGAUCGUAUCACCGCUGAACUGUUAUUUUCCAACUCACCAACUUCAAAUUGUUGAUUUUAUUUGUAUAAAUUCCUGUGUUAUUAAGUUAUUUAUAGGGACACCUUAGUAUUGUUUGUUAGAUCAAUUACUUAUGUUUAGUCUUUACCUGUAUAUAAAUGUUUCAUUCCAAUAAAGAUGUUAGAUCAAA